CUUUCUCCUCUCCAACUGAGGUGGAAAAACUGACAUCGAGAUCACUGUUAUUCAAAUAUCACCCCGCCCGACCGACCCCCCUCCACCCCUUUACUGCCGCUUAGCUACCGAGAUGCACACGGAGACUCGGAACAAAAAAUGUCAGACAAGUCCGAAGAAAUCCACCGCAGCCACCUCUGAGCCCGCUGAAGAGAUGCCAUCCAUACAGAUCAAGCCAGAGCCCGAGGAGGUGGCGUGUACGGUGAAAGAGGAGCCCUUAGACGAUUGUCCUGAGCCCACAGAUCUCAAAAUCAAAUCUUCGCCACCUCCGCUGUUCGCCAUCAGCACUCAACUCGCAAAUGACGACCAGACGGAACCUGUGGACCUGUCUCUCAACAAGCCCCGCCCCUCCCUUCCUGUCGCCACGACAACCUCGACCCCCACAACCCUGCUGGGCCAAACCAUCACCAGCGCUACCCUCCCCACGGUGCUGACGCAGGGCUCCAUCCUGGCCUCCACGCAAGGUGUCGGGGGUCAGCAGAUCUUGCACGUCAUCCACACCAUACCCUCCGUGAACAUGCCCAGUAAAGUGGGACAGCUGCAGACCAUCCCAGUUGUCGUCCAGUCCUUACCGGUGGUCUACACGACUUUACCGACGGACGGAGUGGCCACCGCAGCCAUCACCGUGCCUCUCAUAGGGAGCGACGGGCGGUCAGAGGGAUCAGUGCGUAUAAAGCCAGGUUCAACCUCUCCAGUCGAGUAUCAGACUGACAGUGAUGCAGAGAGUGGCACAGAAUCCGGCUCUGCCUCUCUUGGCGCGCAAGGGAUGGAAAACAGUGCAAAUACAGAUGUGGACCUCCAAGCUGACCCGGACUCUCCAGACAUGAAAAGAAGGCGCGUGCACAUGUGCGAUUACGACGGCUGCAACAAAGUCUACACCAAGAGCUCGCAUCUGAAAGCCCAUCGUCGGAUACACACAGGUGAAAAGCCAUACCAGUGUACCUGGGAAGGCUGCACAUGGCGCUUCGCCCGUUCGGACGAGCUUACGCGGCACUUCCGCAAGCACACCGGCAUCAAACCCUUCCGCUGCACUGACUGCGACCGAAGCUUUUCCCGCUCCGACCACCUGGCGCUUCACCGACGGCGUCACGUCAUGAUGUGAAACUCGCUCCCGACCACCCUCCCCAGCCCUCACCUCUACGCCUGCUCCUCAGGAGAAAUGCAUGCCCAUCCAGGGGUCCCGGGCGCUGUUAAUGCCCGCCGCCUGUCUACAAACACCACAUGGGGUGGCACAAUCAUAUCGGUCACUCCUCCCGGUCAGAUCAUGGCCACAGUUUUCUGCCAUGCUUCCAGAAGCCACAAACCCACCCGUCCACUGUUGACCUCCGCCACCAUCUUAAUUCCUGCUCAUUAGCAGUUACUUGAAGGAACUUUAUAAAAGGCAAACUGCAAGCAGUACUGUUCACAGCAAAAUGUGAUGACUGGGGAAGGAACCUCUUAUGGUUUCUUAAAAGGAAUAUGGUUGGAGCAAAAAAAUAGGAGAUUGAAUACGAUGAUAAAGCUUUUCUAUCGUUGCAUAGUUUUAUCACGACGUGUAGGUUAAAGAUGCAUCGCAAGCUGCCUUGUUGAGUUCUUACGUUUUAUCAGAUUCUUUUAUCUAAAAUUUGACCAUUUUGACCUAAAUUGGUAUACACGAGCUCUACAUGCAUUUUAGAGUGUUUGUGUGAGGAUGGAAGUUGGUGUAGAGCGUUUUGUGAAGACAGCCGAAGAUGGCCUGUUUUAGCAUUUUACUAUUAUUGUUUUUAACAAAUCAGCUUUGGUGUGUUCUGUCUUUUCUUAUAUCUACCCUAACCGAGACAAGAUGUAGAGGCAGAGGGCUGAUGCGACUGUGAAUUUUUGUACAUUUUAUUUCUUGAUAGUAUCUGUUGUCUGAGCAUCUUCCCCCAAAACUCAGUGCAAAAGCAGUAUUUGUGUUCGUCCAUAAUGGCAACAGGAUUAACACCCGUCGGAAGACGUUCCUUCUCUUCUUCUAAGAUCUAACCUUCAGAUAUAGUUUAAUGAGGCUGUGAGCAUUUAGUUUUUUAUUUAAGAAACAACUCGCAGGGAAACGGGGAGCUUACUAAACUGGUGUGUAUGUGUACGAACGUGUGCGUGUGUGUGUGUGUACAAGCACACUUGCCUACUUCUAAAAAGGACAUAAUCAGAGUUCUAAUGGAGGAGGUGUGUCGUAGCCGCAUGUCGUUACUUCUAGCCCAUCAGAGCCUUAAUUGAAGUAAAUGUGCAGAUCUGAUUUGCACAACAGGUUUUCGAGGUUCCUCUGGGUUCGAUACUGGGAUCCCCCAUGGUUUUAUGAGGCGCCCUGAAAACCCUUAUUUGCACCUAGAUCACAGUGAAGAAACAUGUCUUAACAUUAUCUUCUGCCCUGGAUUCACUUGAGUAUGCAAAAACACCCCACCCCAAAUGUUGUCGAGGAUGUUGAUGUACAGACUGAUCUGUGAGGCGAAGGGAUGCAUUAUACCUCCCCUUAAGCAAGCGCUCAUAGCCAUGGUCAUGAUUGCAAACACUCCCAGCUGAAAACCAGUGCGCAUUAAGCUUUUUUGGAGAAGCAACGCUUGUUGGAGUCCAGCCUUUGAGAAUUAAGUGCAUGUGUGCAAAAACUGCACGCUCUUUUGUCCAGAGAGCAAUUUAAUCUUCAGAUUUUCUAUCAUUCUCUCGCUUCAACUCUAAAAUGUUACUAAGCACAUCUUUCUAGAAGAGUAUAUGCAUUUGAUUGCGAUCCUUUCUUUUUUUAACUGUUCAUAGACAUACAGACAAUUAAUGAAUAAUUAAAGAAUUAAUGUACAUAAUGUAUAUAAUCUACAAAGUUCUGAAUAAUGUAACGGGUGGAUUUCUAUUUUUAACACUGACUAGAUAAUGUGAAAUACUCCUCUUUUUGAAAUGUGUUUUUCUUUCAACCCUUAAAAUAAGUACCCGAUGUGUUGUACACCCCCCAGUGUGUUGCAUGGAGAGUCGCUUUUAUUUUGUGAAGUCGGUGAGCAUGUCAAAGCGUUGGUGCCCUGACAGACGUGGCCUAUAAGCACUGAUAAUCCACAUGAAAUUCAUGAUGUUUGAUAUCGUGUCUCACAUACACUUGGGGAGAAAUGCAUCAUUCAAUCUCAGAAAUCUCUUCAAUUGGUAUCACUUCAAGAUUACUGUAACCAAUAACGUAAACUCAACCUCUUACCCGUAUUCAAGUGCCCACAACCGAUAUUUGAGAGACAUACGCGUCUACCUGAGCAUGUUUGCUUACAUCGUUGAUUUAAAAAAAAGUGUGAUCUUUGCUCAUGAAAGGCUUUGGGUUUUGUGUGAUUGUAUGUGUGCAAGUGUGGUUAUUAUGGAAUUCUUCUUUAAACUUUCAGAAUCAUAGGUAUUUUAUAUUGAAUGCAGUAACUUAUGGGCCAGUACUAUAUUACUCAGUGCAAUGCAGUUAUCAUUAUAACAAGACAAGUAAUUAAUGUUAUUUCUUUUGUAUUUGUACAGAACAAAUGUGUAAAGAUCAGCGAGGAAAACGCAAGCUUUUUGAUACUGUGAGAAAUGGUGUUAAAAGUCAGUUUCCCCUGUACAGUUGUGAUUGCCCACUCCUUUUAUAGAAUAAAAUGUUUUUGGUGCAAAAUG